GGCGCCCGGUGCUGCUACACGCUAGCACUCACCAUGGGGUUAUGAUUCAAGUUCACACUGCACCGGUAGAGGCAGCCGCCACAAUUUCACCACCAGAAUCGUGCCUUCAGUUGAUGCAUCCAAUAAGGAUCUCAAACCGACCGACAUUAGAGGAGUAUGCGGAGGAUCCGCUUGCUGGUCAUAGUUAGGACUCGGAAGUGCAAAUCACCUGUUCGGGACCUGUUCCGCCGUUUGACCCGGAAUUGCGCGUGUCCUCAAAAAGGUGGUGGUAUAAUGACGACGAGCAUGCGAUCCCCGACACGCAGCGGCGUCGCUGAACCUUUCCUCUUCCGAAUGGCGAUAACGAUCUCUCACGGAACCAAUUUCCUAAUGCUCGCUGUGGGUCCACAUGCCGAGUAUGGACAACCUCCUCCUCCAGGCGCUUCUGCUCGCUCCCGACAUUCCAUCCACAACCACUACAGACCUCCUGCAGCCCCUCUACACCCCAAAGCCAUGCGUAUAGCUAUGGUGAAAAUUAUUGCCCCGUCGAUGGGCAGAAUGCUGCUCGUCAGCUACCGCGCUGCCAACAAUUCCAGCAUAACCCGGAUAUCCUGGGCGCUAACAAAUUCGCUCAAAACCAGGGUUUCAACGAUGUCGGACAGACUGACAACGCGUAUGACACGAUCCAGGCUGAGAGUGCGCAAUAAGUGGCUGCAGGGGCAGCCGGUGCCACUCGGGGUCAUCGGUUUGUACUUGAGGACGCUCGUGGACAGCUUCGUCGUGCGUUCGCGAACUAUAGAGCGCCUGUGCCGUCUCUGUCGCCUCCAACGGCCUCGCCGCAGCUGCCCGACACGAGGAGUGACUCGAGUAGCCCCGCUGGCUCGGUCGGGGGCCAGCCGAGCCGCCACGGCGGAGGCGGCGGAAACAGGAGCCCCCGGGACGUGUCUCAUGUCCCAGGCGUUACAGGACAACCGCACAGAGCUCAGGGCUCACAGAUGGGUGCAGUGAUACCCGUUCAGGGCGAGCAAAACGCGUCGCCACAAUCGAUUAGCCCCGGGCCUCCCUACGGGGCAUAUAUUCGGCGCGGCAGAUUGGAGCAAACGGACUAUG